AUGAAUUUAUCAUUUGCUGGUUGUGGAUUUUUGGGAAUUUAUCAUGUUGGAGUCGCGUCCUGUUUUCGGAAAUAUGCCCCCCAUUUGUUGUUAAAUAAAAUUAGCGGGGCCAGUGCGGGGGCUAUUGCUGCUUGUGCUUUAUUAUGCGACCUGUCAUUAGGUGAUGUUACAAGUAACAUUCUUAGUGUGGCAAUAGAAGCAAGAAAAAAAUCGCUCGGCCCCUUUCAUCCGACCUUCAACGUGCACAACAUCCUUCUGGAUUGUCUGGAAAAGUUCCUUCCCGAAGAUGCUCACCACAGAGUCAACGGCAAACUUCACAUCUCCCUUACCCGCUGGUACGACGGAAAGAACGUCAUAGUUUCGCAAUUCGACACCAGACAGGAGCUUAUACAGGCCCUGUUGGCCUCCGCAUUUAUUCCGCUUUUUUCGGGAAUUAUUCCGCCGAAAUUCAAGGGGGUCAGAUACGUGGACGGAGGGUGCAGCGACAAUCUACCGACUUUGGACGAAAAUACCAUAACUGUUAGUCCGUUUUGCGGAGAGAGCGACAUUUGUCCAAGAGACGAUAGUUCGCAACUUUUCCAUAUAAACAUAGCCAACACAAGCAUAGAACUAUCAAAAUACAACAUGUAUAGGAUCAUAAGGAUUCUAUUUCCCCCCAAACCCGAAGUUUUGUCCAAUAUGUGCAAACAAGGAUUCGAUGACGCUCUAAGAUUUUUGCACAGAAACAAUCUUAUUAAUUGCACGAGGUGUUUGGCAGUACAAUCCACUUUUGUUGUGUCCGACACUGUUGAAGAUAAUUUAGAAUACGAUCCACAGUGUAAAGAAUGCAAAAUUCACAGACAGGAAGCCUUAGUUUCAAAUAUGCCAGAUACGGUGCUCAGCAUUUUUCAAGAAGCGAUUGAUACCGCAAACAAGGGUUUGAUAAACUGGAUGUUCAAACAUCGCGGCAUGAAAUUGCUAUCCGUUUUGAGCCUGCCCUAUACACUGCCCGCCGACAUUUUGUACGCUACAAUCACAAAAUUGGGCAUAGUUCCGACCAUAAAAAAUGGCCCAAAAGUCCUGAUAAGAAAAAUGACCGAAUUCGAUUUUACCAAUGUCAUUGGUUCCCAAAUAGAACGAAGGUCCCUCCAAUAUAGAAUUUACGAUAACAACUUGGUUUUGUAUUCGAGAACUGCAUGUAAUCAUAUAAUAAGCGAUAGAAGAUUAAUGGUAGCUGCGCCUCAGUUGGGAAGUGGGGUAUGGGAAAUAAGUAAAUACUUCAUGGACCAAAUGGGACAUGUGUUGAACAAAGUGAACAAAAAGAGACAGCAAAUUAGCGCCAAAAUUAUUUGCCAAUUGGCCAUUACGGAAUAUGGAGGAAGUAAAUACGAUGUUGAAUCUUGCCGUGAACUAGGAGGUGAAAAUAAAAUGAACCUCAAUUUUACCCUCAACAUGGACAAUAGUGAUCUUCCUUUAACAAAAAGCCCGCAAAGAAAAAUCAAGAACAUUCUUCAACGCAAACCCAGCUUAACAAUAAGCAAAACUGAUAACCUGGACAAUGACACAUUCGAUCACAUUCUACAAAUAACAUCUCAGCAAGACACGAUUAUGGCUUACUAUUACUUGGACGAAAACAACAAAGUCAAAGUCACCGAAAUAUUUGACCUCACCGAUUCGGAUUCCACAAUGGUGCAGACCAGAGAAGAGAGAACGCUGAACAGGGAUCUACAAUUUGAAGACGAAUUUAACGAACCUUUGUGUCAACAUAACCAUGAUUAUGAAUCUAUGGAUGAUGUUUCAGAAUAUUCCCUCGAAGAUAUUUUGGAAGGUGACGCGUGUAACGUGUUCUCCGACCCAGAAUCGGAGUGGAUGGGUCAGUGUAAAGUGGAGGAACCGGAAGACGAACAAAUGCAGACUUCGAACGAUUUGAUGCCCGAGUCGGAACAGUCAAGUUCCACCUUAGAUCCGAAAUAUUAUCGAAAAUACGAUAUACCGACGAUUACAUAUGAGGAUGUGGAUAUGUGAGAAGUUUUAGUUGUUGAUUUUUUAUUCUGUGAUUAUUUAUAGAUAAGGCCAAAUAUAAAGAAAUGCAAUUUUGGAUUUUUAAUUUGAAAUUUUAACAUUUCAAAUAAUUAUCCAAUUUUGUAAGAUGUUAGCAUUUUUUAGAUUUUUUGGUACUGGUUUUAAUUUUUAUACAAAAAUUAAGAUUUUAGUUUUGAUAUUUUCACUUGUACAGUACAGUUAGUAUUUUUUUUAUUGAAAAAAAUUUAUAACCAUAACUAUAAUUUCUUUUAGCAAUGUGACUAAUAUUAAUAUUAGUGUUGAAAAAAUUCUAUAAAAUAUUCAAAAAUUUAUUGCUAUAGAGUUACUCUAAGUCAUUAUAAAUU